GCUACUCGAGCGCACGUGGGUUUCUGGGCAGCGCGUUCGUCUGCGGAGUGGCCUGGAGUGCAGACCCACGGACACCCUUUUCCCCAGCCUGGGAUGAACCGCUUUCUGCUGCCGGUGUCCGUAGUGGGCACGGUGAUCGGCGGCACCGUGCUGCUCAAGGACUAUGUCGCUGGUGGGGCUUGUCCCAGCAAGGCCACCAUACCUGGGAAGACUGUUAUCGUGACAGGAGCCAAUACAGGCAUCGGGAAACAAACUGCUUUGGAGCUGGCUAAAAGAGGAGGCAACAUUAUUCUGGCCUGUCGUGACAUGGAGAAGUGCGAGGUGGCUGCAAAGGACAUUCGGGGAGAGACCUUGAAUCCCCGUGUACGUGCUGAGCACCUAGACUUGGCUUCCCUCAAGUCCAUCCGAGAGUUUGCAAGGAAGAUCAUUAAAGAGGAGGAGCGAGUAGACAUUCUGGUCAACAAUGCAGCCGUGAUGCGGUGCCCACACUGGACCACUGAGGAUGGCUUUGAGAUGCAGUUUGGUGUCAACUACUUGGGGCAUUUUCUAUUGACAAAUUUGCUGUUGGAUAAGCUGAAGGCCUCGGCCCCAUCACGCAUCAUCAAUCUCUCGUCCCUGGCUCAUGUUGCUGGGCACAUAGACUUCGACGACUUGAACUGGCAGAUGAAAAAGUAUGACACCAAGGCAGCCUACUGCCAGAGCAAGUUAGCUGUUGUCCUCUUCACCAAGGAGCUGAGCCACCGGCUGCAAGGCUCUGGUGUGACGGUCAAUGCACUGCACCCUGGUGUGGCCAGGACAGAGCUGGGACGACAUACGGGCAUGCACAACUCUGCCUUCUCUGGCUUCAUGCUUGGUGAGUCCCUUCCAGCUUGGUGUCCCUCACAGAGCCCUCUCCUGGGGGAUCUGAGACUUUCGCUCAGAGCCUGUCACUUUACUUCUUUUGAUUCUUAUUUCUCCGACUGGGUUUCAUGA